AUGCUCCGAGCCCGGUUCCACAAGAUCGAGGAACACAGCACCUUUACCCAGCUGAUUUGCGGCGAGAUAGAGGGUUCCUACCGCUGUCGCCGCCACGAGCAGCUCGACCGCCCAGCGAUGGCUGCGGUCAUGGCUGCCAGUGAACGCACCCUCGACAUCACUUCCGGCCCGGUGUUCAGCACCGACUACUUCGAUUCUCCCGGGGAGCAGCUCAUUUUCUUGGCUGCUCACCACUUGGUCGUCGAUCUGGUGUCCUGGCGGAUCCUCAUGCAGGAGCUGGAAGAGUAUCUGCAGUCUGGCCGUUUGGCAGACAGUCAACCCUCAGUAUCCUUCCAGUCCUGGUCCAGCCUGCAGGCCCAGUACGCUUACGAGAACCUCUCAAUCGAGUCCGUCCUUCCGUACGAGGGACAUGGAAGGGAGCCCAUGGACGCCUCCAUCAACCUGUCCAGCACGGUGGGCUGGUUCACCACCAUGGCUCCCGUUCACCUGCCUGCAGCCGACUCCAGCGAUAUUGUCGAGACGGUGCGGCGACUCAAGGACCGCAGACGCCAGUUGGUAAGCAAUGGGUGGCAGUAUUUCACGGCGCGCUAUCUCGCCAGUGGGGCUGGCACCGGCAACGCCUUCCCGGAUCACUUGCCAAUGGAGGUUCUCUUCAACUACAUGGGUCAAUACCAGCAGCUCGAGCGCACGGAUGCCUUGUUGCGCGAGGAGCCCCGAACCGACCUGCCCGGGGUGGAAGAUAUCGCUGGCCAUGUCACCCGCCUCGCUUUCUUCGAAGUGUCGGCAGUGAUCAUUCAUGGCAUCGCCCGGUUCGACUUCACCUUUAGCGACCAGAUGCGCCACCAGACCGAGAUCAGCCACUGGAUCGAGUCCUUCCAGGAGAGUCUUACCGAGACCGCCACCGUCCUGCCCGUCAUGAGCCCCGAGAAAACGCUCAGUGACUUCCCGUUGAUGUCACUCACCUACAGUAGCCUUGAUCGGCUGCGCAAGGGGACGCUGGCCGACGCUGGCCUGCUCGAUCUCGGCGCCGUCGAGGAACUGUAUCCCUGCUCUCCGAUGCAGCAAGGCCUGCUUCUCAGCCAAAGCAAGGCCGACGGGGUUUACCAGCUGCGCUUCACCUUCGAGGUCAGCAGCAAGCAGACAACCGUAACUGCGCAGAGACUCUUCGACGCGUGGCAGCAGGUUGUGGACCAGCAGCCCAUCUUGCGGACCUUCUUCAUCGAUGCCGUCUCCCCCAACGCCCUGUUCGACCAGGUGGUGUUGAGUAAGCUCGUCGCCCGCACACAUCUCAGAAAGUGCACAGACAAAGACCUCGGGGGGCUGCUUGAUACACCGCAGCCGCGCGAUGACGACAACAAACUGCAGCCGCCGCACCGACUGGUGAUAUUCGAAACGGAAACGCGCCUCGUCUGCUCCUGGGAGAUGAGCCACGCCAUUGUCGAUGCUUUCUCGCUCGGGAUGAUCCUGGGGCAGGUCACCGAAGCCUAUCAGGGCCCACUGCAAGCACCCCCCCGCGCGCCCUGCCAUCUACCUCUGGACGGGGCAGCCGGACACCGAGCCCACCUCCGGUCGCAAACCGUCGACCUGAACGUUCAGCCCUCGGCCCUGCACGCCUUCUGCCAGGCCCACGGCGUCACCAUCGCCAACCUCUUCCAGACCGCGUGGGCGCUGGUUCUCAACGCCGUCACCGGCUCGGAAGAUGUCUGCUUUGGCUAUCUCGCAACGGGCCGCGAAGCACUCGACCCAGCGCUCAGCGAGGUGCUGGGCCCGCUCAUCAACAUGCUGGUGUGCCGCGUCGCUGUAGUACCGGCAAAGCAACUGCGUCAGCUGGUGCAGGAGGUGCAGAGCAACUACGUGACGAGUCUCGGCCACCAAGACUGCUCCUUGGCCCAGAUCCAGCACGCCCUGAAAUUGUCGGGCACUCCUCUCUUCAACACGAUGAUGUCUAUCCAACCCACCGGCGCGCCCAGCGGCGACGCAGACUCCCUCCUUCGCUUCCGCAGCAUCGACUCGCAGGAUCCGACCGAGUACGAUUUCGCCGUCAACGUCGGCUUCUCUGCGACUGAAAUCGACAUCACCCUCAACUACUGGGCCCCUGCGCUCUCCGACUGGCAGGCGACCAACGUCUGCCACACCCUCGACGCCGUGCUCUGCGCCAUUGUCGCCGAUCCAUCCCAGCUCGCCGGCUCUGUGGAUCUGUUCACUGAUUGCCACUCCGCCCACCUGGCUGCAAUGAUCGCGUCGCAAACCAGUGCCCAGCCCGUGGAAUCGACCAUCCCCGCCAUGUUCGCCGAUCAGGUCGCCCUGCAUCCCUCCGCUCCAGCCAUCUGCGCCUGGGACGGCAACCUCACCUUCCGACAUCUCGAUGCCGUCUCCGACCAGAUCGCCGAGCUGCUUGUCUCUCGCGGUGUUGCUCCAGAAGUCAUGGUUCCGACCUGCUUCGACAAAUCCGUCUGGUACACCGUUGCAGCGCUGAGUGUUAUGAAGGCUGGCGGCGCAUGGGUCGCUCUCGAUCCUUCGCAUCCGCCAGCGCGUCACGAAGCGAUCCUCCAGGAUACAAACGCAACGGUCGUGUUGACCUCGUCUUCUUACCGCGAUCGGUUUGCUGCUCACGCUGCGCAUGUCAUCUGCCUCGAUCAAGCGCUCGUCGACUCGCUGCCACCGCCAGGAAGCCUCCUAUUGACCCUUCCUCGUGCCCAGCCCAGCCACCUUGCCUACGUGGUUUUUACCUCUGGCAGCACGGGCACGCCCAAGGGGAUCAUGGUGGAACAUGGCAGCGUCUGCAGCAGCAUGGUCGCCCACGGUGCCGUCCUCAAGAUUGGCCCUGGAGACCGCGUGUUCCAGUUUUCCGCCCAUGUCUUCGACCUCAGCAUCCAAGAAAUCUUCACCUCGCUCAUCCACGGCGCCUGCGUGUGCGUCCCCUCCGACUCCCAGCGCCUCAACGACCUGCCGGGCGCAAUGCGGCAGCUCGACGUGACUGCCGCGACACUGACUCCGACCGUGAGCUCGACCUUCAAACCGGCCGACGUGCCCUCGCUCCGGCUCUUGAUCUUCGGCGGCGAGGCCGGCAACCAAAAGGCACACGAUCUGUGGCGGGGGAUCCCCAUGCUCGCCAACUGCUACGGUCCCGCCGAAGCGACAAUCUACUGCAUUUGCAAUACCGAGCUGUCGACCUCCAGUCAUCCAGUCACCAAUAUCGGCACGCCGACAGGGUGCAGGCCGUGGGUCGUGCAUCCGACCGACCACCAUCGUCUCGUCCCAGUCGGAUGUGUUGGAGAACUGGUCAUCGAAGGCCCUCUCAUCUCUCGAGGGUAUCUGAAUGAUCUGGCUAAGACGAACGCGGUCUUUGUCGAGGAUCUCGCGUGGGCCAACGCUCAAAGACCCUCCUCCUCCUCCUCCUCCUCCUCCUCCACGCGCCGACGCUUCUACAAGACGGGGGAUCUGGUGCACUACCACGCCGACGGCACCCUCCAGUAUCUCGGCCGCAAGGACUCACAGGUCAAGGUGCACGGCCACCGCAUCGAGCUGGGCGAGGUCGAAACCCACAUCAAGUCGCUGAUCCCGAAUGUCUCCCAAGUCGCCGUCGAGCUGGUGCAGCCGCCUGGCCGCGCCGAUCGCACGCUGGCGGCCUUUAUCUGCUUCUCGGAGACCAUUUCCGUCACUCAGGAAUCGUCCGACGAGCUGCUGCUCCCCAUGACCGACAGUAUGCGCUCGACCCUUUUAUCGCACCUCGAGGCCCUGGUGCACGCGAUGCCCGCCUACAUGAUCCCCAACCUCUUCGUGCCCCUGCGCCACCUGCCGCUCAACCUCUCCGCAAAGGCCGACCGCAGUAAGCUCCGCCGCCUGCUGAACCACGCCUCUGUCGAAGCCCUACAGACCUAUCGCCUCGCCUCGGAAUCCCCCAAGCAGCCGCCGUCUUCUCCACUCGAAUCCCGCCUCCACACUCUGUGGAGCCAAGUGCUCGACCUCCCCACCCACGCGAUUGGCGUCACAGAUCCCUUUGUGCAGCUCGGCGGUGACUCCAUCACGGCUAUGUACCUGGUCAGUGCCGCACGCGAAGCUGGCCUCAUCUUUUCCGUCGCCGAGCUGUUCCAGGCGCAGACCAUUGCCCAGGUCGCCAGGAUCGCCGAGUACAUCAGCGAGGACGACAGAACGUCCGGCAGCGACUCGGUCGAGCCGUUCACCCUCAUCGACGAUAGCAAUAUCUCGCUGGAUUCGUUGUUGGAUGAGGUGACGGCGCAGUUUGACUUUGAGUGA